CAUUCUUCCGUGGUGCCUAUCCUAAUCCUGUUGCGGGCGGGGGAGGAAUAUAAUCGAAGACAUUCACGCACCACAAGAGCGUUGACGUCUAUGGGAUUGCGGAGUGCUCGAAAUGGUUGGAGUUCCAGGACGGUCAAAAGGUUGUCUCACUUGCCGUAGACGGAAGAAAGGGUGCGAUCUUCAGCGGCCAGCAUGUGGUCAAUGCCGGCGAGCGGUUAUUGAAUGUGGUGGCUAUGAAAGGCACCGUGUUUUUGUCAAUAGCACACCAGCUGUGGCUCAACAAAAGCUCCUCCAGUGGGACACUCAGAGAUUGUUCCAACCAUCCUUGAUCCGCGUUGGAGUUAGCGACCGACCAACAAUCACCACAUUACCGGAGUCGCUCACACGAUCUGCCUAUGGAGACAAAUUCCUGGGGCUUUAUUGGGGCACAUAUCUCCCGAAUGGGCGGUCUUUCUCUGAGGAGGCAGCCAGAUACUCGACGGCGGGCUGGACGAAUGUAGUGCAGGGCCUCCAUCAGCAAGACAAACCGCUUCAUAUGGCAUUGAUGGCCAAUUGUAUGGCGCUUGUUGGUCUAAGAGAUGGACAACAGUGGAUGAUGGAGGAAAGUCUGCGAAUAUAUGGGCUGGCUUUAGGGGAGGUAGCUAGGACGCUGAGAGAUCCCAUCAAGAUGAGGAGUAACGAGCUGCUCAUGGCUUCGAGGUUGCUAAGCCAGUUUGAGCUAUGUUUUGGAGCUGAUGAGGCUGAUCACUCAGCGCAAUCUCAAAGAUGGAGUGCCCAUACUUCAGGAGAUAUAGCACUUAUAGUGUCGAGAGAACCACUCUCGUAUGUCAGAGGAAAUUCCCAUCGAGUUUUUGUGGACGGCCGGUUACAUCAGAUAAUUAAUGAUAUUCAACUUCGUCGACCAUCGUUCUUGAGCCAACCAGCAUGGAAGGAGAUUCCAUGGAUUGAGUUACCGAAGGAUCCCAAGGAUGUCCUUCUGGAUAUUCUUGUGGACAUUCCAGGGGUCUUUGCUGAAUUUGAUACGAUGAAGCUGUGCAUUGAUGCAAAUGAACGAGAAAAACGACGGGCUGAACUAUCAUCUCGAUGUUGGGCAUACGACAAGGAGCUACAAGCCUGGGAAUCAGGUAUAGGACGCCCCAUCAUGGACUUGAUAGCCAUGAAACUGGCCGAAGGAAAUUUGGAGGAUCAAACCCCUUCAAACGAAGAGCUGUCCAUGGCCCACCUUGGCAUUAUCUACUGGGUAACUUGCAUACUUUUAUAUCCUGUUCUGCUUUCAGUCACGGCGGCCACGGAGACUACGAUCAUUUCUAACCGAAUGAACCCGCGCGUAUACUGUCGGAAGAUGGCGCGUCUUCUUCCGUACUUUUUGGUGCGCAAUGCGGGCGGCUUCGUGAUUAAUAUGUUGACUUUCCCGGUUGGUAUGGCGCUUGCAUACCUACGUACGGUGGAGGGAUCGGGUGAGGUAUCCGAAGAGCAACGGAUGCUACUACGGGUAUUUACAGGGGAAUAUGGAGCUACGAUUAAGAAGUUUCUGAUCAGUCGACAGGAAGAUAUACAUAAAAUAGUCUAGUUAUCGAACC